AUACUGUAAAGAUGCUGCAUUUUUUGCUGUUAUAAAGUGUUAGACAUAAUCUUUACUGAUGUUUGUCUCUUUAUUUUAAGGUGUAUAUCUUCAAAUAACAAGAAUGUCAUUUUUUGUCCUGCCUUUAUUUCUGUAACUGUGUUCAUUUUCAUGAACAGAUACAGAGGAUAUGAUUUAAUUGUACAGCAGUUGUACUGAACAUUGAGUGAUGAGCAUGUCAUCAGUCAGUAGAUCCAGAGAUCAUCAGGAUGGCUUUACAACAUGACCUGCCAGCACACUGACAGUGCUGCUCAUGUCCCACAAGCAAAUAUAGAAGACUAUUAAUAGCAUCUCAUACACACAUACAGCAAAACAGCUGCUCAGUGACCAAGCAAAGACUCGGUACAAACAAACCAAGAUCUUCAAAUCAAACCCUGACUUUAAAGGACACGGAAAGAAUGGGAGACUUUCAAAACUUUGAACAAGACUUCUAUCAGUCUGGAUAUUAUAUGGAUGGUCAGCAGGAGGAUGUAUAUGGCUAUGAUCCAGUCUACGUCAAUCCAGAAUACCAUGAAGUUGAUAAUUCCGCACAUUUAGCAGAUGAAUAUACCACUACAGCAUCUUAUAGUGGACAAGUGUAUCAGCCUGUAGCGCUACCCGAGCAAACAGAAUAUAUAGACUCAUAUGAGGAAGAGCCGCCACUCUUAGAAGAGUUGGGCAUUAACUUUGACCAUAUUUGGCAGAAGAAUCUGACUGUGUUAAAUCCACUGAAGCCUGCUGAUGGCAGUAUUAUGAAUGAGACAGACCUCACUGGGCCUGUUCUCUUCUGCAUUGCUCUGGGAGCCACACUAUUAAUGGCAGGGAAAGCACACUUUGGGUAUGUGUAUGGCAUCAGUGCUCUGGGAUGUGUUGGGAUGUACAUGCUGUUGAACCUGAUGAGCAGUUACAGCAUAUCCUGUGGCUGUGUGGCGAGUGUGCUGGGAUACUGCCUCCUGCCAAUGGUGGGACUCUCUGCCUUUGCUGUUCUUUAUUCCCUUCAAGGGCUCUUGGGAACGCUGUUGGCCUUGUUUGUGAUUGGCUGGUGCAGUCUAUCAGCUUCUAAGAUCUUCAGUUCCACUCUUGACAUGAGUGGGCAGCAGCUGCUGGUGGCCUAUCCCUGCGCUCUUCUGUACGGGGUCUUCGCUCUCCUAACUGUCUUCUGAAAUCUCAACUAUUAUAAGAGAUUAUCACUCUAAAAUCAGAUGAAAAUCCAGUUUGCACAUAAUUCACAUUGCUUGUCAAAGUGGUGGCAAAUCAAAGUUACUGUACAUUUUUAUCAGAUGAAUAAAAAACAAAAAGCUA